CUGAAAAAUACCGUGUACAGUCCGUCCGAAUAUGCAAAUAAGGAAAAUGUCGUAAAGGGAGAAUGAUCGAGUCGCAAGUACCAAGCGGAACUAACAGGAUAGAAGCAGACCAAGCCCACAAGCUUCCAUAUUACCACGAGUUUGACCUGUCGGUCCUGCAACGGGCAAUAAUGUCUAUUGCUGUCAUAAUCCUGACUAUCUUCUCGAUAAUCGGCAAUGUUGCAACUUUGGUGGUGGCAAUAAGAAGUCGAAAAGUUCGACCCCUCUUCCGCACGUGCCUAUUUUCUCUAGCAUUCAGUGAUAUGAUAUCUGUUAUGGUAACAGCCGUCAACUAUCUAACAGCGUUCUUCUCGCAGAUUCCGCAGCUAUGGUACCUCGGGCCGAGAUUGUGCCACAUUUUGCCGUUUUUCAAGAUCAUCGGAAACCUCGUAAACAGCGCAACUUUGGUCGGAAUAUCCUUGGACCGCUACUUGUCAGUGAGAUAUGCAAUGAAGAGUUCUUGGGAGCCAGGACCGAAGAGCUGUUUCCUCCUCGCAUUUGCUGUUUGGGGAGUUUCAAUAGCCAUAGCGGUCCCUUCCUAUACUGCAUACGAACAUUAUCAAGUGAAUAUCAUUCGGACAGAUAAGAAAAAUUCAUCGGACCCAAUUUUGGUGACGACAGGAUUUAUGUGUGGAGCUCCGAAGGCGGUAAACGCACGUUAUUACAUGACCCUAUUUUGUAUCCUCUUCUUCCCAAUGGUGGUCGCUUUCAUAUGGUUCAAUUCAUUCCUAGCGCUUGAUAUCUGGAAACGGCGUAAAGGCAUAACCAGUUCUGCAGACAGUUCGGCUGCGGAAAUUCAGAAGACAUCCCGCGAUAAUAACAAAGAAGGGACAACUGAUGCUCAAGCGCAGUCCACAACGAAUGUAUCUAACACUGAAACCAACACUGGUUACAAGCAAACACGAGCAAAUCGGGAAAGACGUCAGUUAAGGAUGUUCUGCGUGGUCAUACUGCUCAUAAUUACAUACAUGAUCCUGAAGCUACCUGAGUGGAUAUUCCUGAUUGCGACAUUCUACAGCCGGAGCCGUUCGCAAAAUCCUUGGUUGAUGCAGUUCGCAUUUGGUAUCGUGUCUAUGGGGAGCUCAGUCACAAAUCCACUCCUUUACGCUUUUGUAACGCAGACCAUAGAGUAUCUGCAGGAUUUGUAUCGUUCAUGCCAACGGUUGUGUUGUAUCCUUUGCGAUCGUGGAACAAGAGCAUUGAGCAGUGUCAUUAUUCUUCCCGAACCGAUUUCGGAUAUACAACAGAUUUCCGGAAACGGUCGAUGAAGUUGUAAUUCUGUCCAGGAACGAGUUGAGGAGGAGGACUUAGCUGCGCUUUUGUAAAUAAGAUUAUUAUGAGUAUUAGAAUUGAGAAGUUGAAGACAGAAGUAAGAACGUAAA